CCCACCUUCUGACUUCUUUGAGCACCAUCCCAUCAAAUAGUAAAGCGUUGUACGAAAGACUUAUUGUGGAUAGGUUGUCGUCGUUUGCGACGACUCCCAAAGAUUUUUGGUUUGACUAGAAUUCUCUCGUUGCUGUUCAUUAAUCUUGUAGAAUGUAAAACUUGUUUCGUACUUUGAGAAAUUGAAAUACAGUUGUGCUAGUUAUAAAGAUGGGACGUUUUCUGAAUUUGAUACUAUGCCAAACCCUUCUUUCAUUUCUUAUCUGUCUUGACUCAACUCAGGCCACUUUUGAUCCACAAAGCUAUAGAGGACAGAUUCUAAGCUUAUCACAACAAGACAAAGACUGGUUAAUAACCAUUAGAAGACAAAUCCAUGAGAACCCAGAACUUAGAUUUGAAGAAUACAACACCAGUGCUCUUAUCAGAAGUGAACUUGAUAAACUUGGCAUUUCUUACACAUACCCAGUUGCCACAACUGGGAUUGUUGCUCAAAUUGGCUCUGGUUCUCCUCCGGUUGUUGCUCUUCGUGCUGACAUGGAUGCACUUCCCUUGCAAGAACUUGUGGAGUGGGAGCAUAAGAGUAAGGUAGAUGGAAAAAUGCAUGGAUGUGGCCAUGAUGCACAUACUGCUAUGCUUCUUGGUGCUGCUAAGUUGCUUAAUGAAAGGAAACAUAUGCUUAAGGGAACUGUGAGACUUCUUUUCCAGCCAGCGGAGGAGGCAGGUGCUGGUGCAUCACAUAUGAUAAAAGAAGGUGCCCUUGGUGAUGCUGAAGCCAUAUUUGGAAUGCACAUUGAUUACACAAAACCCACUGGAACCAUAGCAUCCUUGCCUGGGCCAGUCUUAGCUGCUGUGUCCUUCUUUCAAGUAAAAAUAGAAGGCAAAGGUGGGCAUGCUGCAGGACCCCAUAAUGCCGUGGAUCCACUUCUUGCAGCAUCAUUUGCAAUUUUAGCACUGCAGCAGCUCAUCUCGAGAGAACUUGAUCCCCUCCAUAGUCAGGUUUUAUCCAUCACUUAUGUCAGAGGGGGUACUGCCUUGAAUGUAAUUCCAUCAUAUUUUGAAUUUGGUGGCACUUUGAGGAGUCUUACAACCGAGGGCUUGCAUCAACUCCAGCAGAGGUUGCAAGAGGUUGUUGAAGGCCAGGCAGCUGUACAUAGAUGUCGUGCGUACAUAGACAUAAACGUAGAAGGUUUUCCCUUCUAUCCUGCUACUGUGAAUGAUGAGAAAUUGAAUUUGCAUGUUGAGAGGGUCAGUGGACUUAUUUUUGGCCCUGAGAAUGUCAAGAUGGGCGAGAAGGUGAUGGCGGGGGAGGACUUUGCCUUCUAUCAAGAAGUGAUUCCUGGAGUCAUGCUCAGCAUUGGAAUUAGGAAUGAAAACGUGGGUUCAAUUCACUCCCCUCACUCACCUUAUUUCUUUCUUGACGAGGAUGUUCUUCCAAUUGGGGCAGCAUUGCACACUGCCCUGGCAGAGAUUUAUCUGAAUGAGCAUCAACAAUCUGCUGCACAGGCAAGUCCCAACCUGCAUUCUCUUCCUUCUCAGCACAGGAGUUGAGGCCAUGCAAGCUGAACACUGGUGAGUUUAAGAAUCUUUUGGCUGGUGGAAAUACUCCACUUCUAUGAGCUGUUACCAUUUCUAAGAAUUCAAAAUGCACAAAUGAUGUCUUUACUGCUCCGCGGAAGCAAUGUGCAUGAACCCAGUAAUAAUCAUUAUACUCACACAGGCAGAUAUAGAAACCUGCUGUAACAUCUUCUAAACAUACAAGGGGACGAUGAUAUGGAAUGGUCACAUGUAAGAUAAGUGGAGAUCCAUAUCAUUGCAGUACAAGAUACAUCAAGUAGGGCAGCAUACAAAUGAGCAACAUUUGAUUCCAAACACUAAUGAAGAUUUCAUGGCAUAUAAUAUAACAAAGGAUUGCUGCGGGCCUCCUUCCACUUCACAA